UUUGGUAAGAAGUACACAAUUCCUCUCGAUCAUCUAUGACAAUUUCUGUAGAUUUACUCUCAAAUCCAGUGUUCGUAUUAGGUUCAUUUCUUGUUCUUAUUAUUUUCCAUAAUUAUCUCCACAAGCAACCACAACAUGGGAAGAAGUAUCAUCCAACUGGUGCAUCCGUGUUUCAUCUUCUCACCAACUACAACAAGAUUCACGAUUACAUGACUGAUCUCGCGAUAAAAUACAAAACUUACAGAAUUCUUAGCCCUCUUCAUGGUAUCGUUUAUACAACUGAUCCCGAGAACGUGGAGUAUAUCCUCAAGACCAAUUUCAAAAAUUAUGGCAAGGGAAACUAUAUCCGCGACAUGACAUCUGAUCUACUUGGAGACGGAAUAUUCACAGUGGACGGGGACCAAUGGCGAGAACAAAGGAAGGUAUCGAGCCAAGAGUUCUCGACGAAAAUCCUAAGAGAUUUUAGCAGUAUAACCUUCAAAAACAACACAAUAAAACUUGGGAAGAUACUGUCACAAGCAGCAGAUAGCAACCAAAUAUUUGAUAUAAACGAUUUGUUCAUGAAAGCAACUAUGGAUUCAAUAUUUAAAGUCGGUUUUGGGAUUGAGCUUGACAACUUGGGUGGAAAUGAAGAAGGUGUUCGAUUUAGUCGAGCAUUCGACGAUGCAAACAACUUAACAUAUAAAAGAUUUGUUGACGUAACAUGGAAGAUCAAGAAGUUUUUUAAUAUUGGACUUGAAGCAGAGUUAAAGAAAAAUAUUAAAAUCAUUGAUGAGUUUGUUUAUAAGGUGAUCCAGCUCAAGAUUGAACAAAUGCAGAUGUCCAAGGAUGAAGUUUUGCUCAAAAAAGAAGACAUCCUAUCGAGGUUUGUUCAGGUUAAUGAUAAUGAUCCAAAGUACUUGCGCGAUAUAAUACUAAACUUCAUUCUUGCCGGAAAAGAUCCUAUAGCGAUUAGCAUGAGUUGGUUUAUUUACAUGCUUUGCAAACAUCCUGAAAUUCAAGAUAAGGUCGCAAAAGAAAUCAUAGAAGCAACAAAUGUGAACGAAGAGAUCACAGAUGUUGCAGAUUUUGCUGCUCAUGUGAGUGAGGGUACAACUGAUAAGAUGCAAUAUCUUCAUGCAGCUUUGACAGAAACUAUCAGACUCUAUCCAGCAUUGCCAGUGGAUUCAAAGGUAUGCUUUUCAGAUGAUGUCCUACCAGAUGGUUGUAAUGUGAAUAAAGGAGAUGUGGUAGCUUAUAUGCCAUAUGCUAUGGGAAGGAUGAAGUUUAUAUGGGGUGAUGAUGCACUCGAGUUCAAACCAGAAAGAUGGCUUGAUCAAGAUGGUUGUUUCCAUCAAGAGAGCCCCUUCAAAUUUACAGCUUUUCAGGCCGGACCGCGGACUUGUUUGGGUAGAGAUUUCGCAUUUCGACAAUUGAAGAUUAUCUCUUCUGUUUUGUUAGGUUGCUUUGUGUUCAAGUUAAGUAAUGAAAACAAAGUCCUAAGUUACAGAACCUCAAUUAAUAUUCACGUUGAUGGUCCAUUGCAAGUUUCUGUUUCCCGCAGAUCUGGUUUCCAGAAUCCUUAAACUUGCAAUUGUGGAGUAUAUAAAUUGGAUCUGUGUGGGUAUACCACCCAAAAGAAGCUUGACCCGGUCCAUAAAAUGUUGGAGUGGUUUCUUGAAUUUAAGCAAGGGUUAAUUUAUGGGAGUAGUUCUUGAGUUUCAUCCUCCCACUACCCCAAGUAUCUAGUCUUCCUUUUUGUUUUGUUUAGUAUAAUAAGGCCAGUUUUUUAUUCAUGUUUUCUAGAUAUGUAGCCACGUAAUCUUUUAAAUUUCAAUGUUGUAAUUUCCAAGAUAUUCAAGUUAAUCAUCAAAGCCAACUCUCAAGCUAUCAA